GUGGGAUUCCUAAUUAAAGAGAGAGAUUGUAAAUAAACAGCAUAUAUAUUCAAAUUAAAAAUGACGUUACUAGGUUCUUUGUGGCUCAUCCUAGUUGCAGCCUUGUUGGGUUAUGCAUUUCUAUUAGGGCUUCUUAGGAGAGUGAAUGAAUGGUACUAUGUUUCUAGGCUUCAGGGAAAGUUGCAACACCCUCUCCCACCAGGUCAUCUGGGUUGGCCUUUAUUGGGGAACAUGCCCACCUUCCUCAGAGCUUUUAAGUCUAACCCUGAUUCCUUCAUCUAUGACCUUGUUUCCAGAUAUGGCAGGACGGGUAUGUACAGAACGUACUUGUUUGGGAGCCCCAGCAUCAUAGUUUGCACCCCAGAGACGUGCCGUAAGGUUCUCACAGAUGAUGAAAAUCUCAAGCUUGGAUACCCUCCUUCCACCACGGCCCUCACCGGAAAGAGAUCACUCCAUGGCAUCUCAAAUGCUGAACACAAGCGUCUUCGCCGCCUAAUCACCUCUCCCAUAACCGGCCACGAGGCAUUGUCCACGUACAUAGGUCUCAUAGAACAUGCUUCUGUGAAACGGUUGGAAGAGUUGUCUAGCAUGAACACGCCUUGUGAGUUCCUCACAGAGUUAAGGAAGUUCGCUUUUAAGGUCUUCACCACCAUCUUCAUGGGCUCUGAUGUUGAUCAUGUGGACCUGGCCUUGUUCGAAAACUUGUACAAAGAUUUGAAUCGGGGAAUGAAGUCACUGGCUAUCAAUCUCCCAGGCUUUCCAUUCUACAAAGCACUCAAGGCACGAAAGAAGUUGAUGAAGUUGCUGCAAGGCUUGGUGGACCAAAAGAGAAGGACCAAUAAUACAAUUACAAAAACAAAGAGGAGGAAAUUAGAUAUGAUGGAUUUAUUGAUGGAAGUCAAAGAUGAAGACGGUAGGCAGCUGGAAGAUGAAGACAUUAUAGACUUACUUCUGGUUUUCUUGUUAGCUGGUUACGAAAGCUCUGCUCAUGGAAUAUUGUGGACCAUCAUCUACCUCACAGAACACCCACUUGUCUUCCAAAGGGCUAAGAAAGAACAAGAAGAGAUCAUGGAAACAAGACCUUUAUCACAGAAAGGGCUCAACCUUAAGGAAAUUAAGCAAAUGGAAUAUCUUUCAAAGGUUAUCGACGAGAUGCUGCGCAGAACAAGUAUCUCUUUUGCGAACUUUAGACAGGCAAAGGUUGAUCUCAACAUCAAUGGUUAUACUAUACCAAAAGGAUGGAAAGUUCUAGUUUGGAACCGAGGGGUUCACAUGGAUCCUGAAACUUAUCGCAAUCCAAAAGAAUACGAUCCUUCAAGAUGGGAAAAUCACACGGCAAGAGCAGGUUCUUUCCUUCCGUUUGGAUUGGGAAGCAGGUUUUGUCCUGGGAGCGACCUGGCCAAACUUGAGAUCACCAUUUUCCUCCAUCAUUUUCUUCUUAACUACAGGAUGGAGAGAAUUAAUCCAGAUUGUCCAGCCACUUACCUACCGGUGCCAAGGCCUUCAGACAAUUGCUCUGCAAGAAUUAUAAAAGCCACAUAAUUAAUCAAGCUAGGGCGGCAACCCAGUAUACUAUGAUAGUAUUUGAAUAAAUUUAAAGUCAUUGGGGUUGGGGGACGAAGAAAUUUUGCAUUAGCAUGGCACUGUAAUUUUUUAUUAUUAUUGAAUUUUGAUUAGUUUAGAGUUUGUUCACUUUUGAUUUAUGAUUUGAAAAAAUUCUUAUCAAGAUAUCUAAAUAUGAAACUUC